UUUUCAUCCCAGCUGUUUCUGUAGUGUUGUUGUUCUGUUUGACAACAAAAUUCUUUUAAUUAGUUUUGAUACAAAAUUAUCUGAAGAUGUCUAUGAGACCUGAUGAUCAUCGACGAAAGUGGGACAAAGAUGAGUAUGAAAAACUAGCAGAAGAAAGAAUAAAGGAAGAGAAAUAUCAAAAAGAGGAAGCAGAAAACAAGAAAAAAGGACCUCCCGUAAAAAGAGAGCUCCUUAAAAUCCGUGACUACAAAGUAGAUCUUGAUUCCAAAUUAGGAAAGAGCAUUGUAAUAAACAAAAAUACACCUACAUCACAAUCUGGUGGCUACUACUGUAAUGUCUGUGAUUGUGUGGUUAAAGAUUCUAUCAACUUUCUGGACCAUAUCAAUGGUAAGAAACAUCAAAGAAAUCUGGGAAUGUCCAUGAAAGUGGAGAGAAGCAGUUUAGAUUCAGUUAGGAAAAGAUUUGAAGCGAAUAAGAAAAAAAUGGAAGAAAAAAAGAAAGAAUAUGAUAUGACAUCUAGAUUACAGGAAUUGGCAGAAGAGGAAGAAAAGUUGAAAGAAUACAGAAAGGAGAAAAGGAGAGAGAAAAGAAAAAUUGAAGAGGAGGCUGAAGAAGAACCACAAAGUGAAUUAGCUAGCAUAAUGGGAUUUUCUGGAUUUGGUUCAUCUAAAAAGAAAUAAGCUACUAGUUAAUUGUUUAUUUUGUAGUGUAACUUUUCUUCUCCUGAGAUAUAAAAUAUUGUUUUACUUCUUGGAUCUUUAUUUAUAAAUGCUUAAAUGUACAAAAAAAA